AUGGAAAACGAAUCUAAUUCUUCAAACCAAAACAUUAAAGUAUAUAAUCCACCAUCACAAGAUGCGUCCUAUUCCAAUAAAAUUAAUCUUCCAGAUUCUUUUUAUGAACUGUCACCAUCAGAGUUGAAGAAUUUAUUGUCAAUGCAAAAUUCAAAACGAUUAGCUUCGGAUAAUGCAGGGUUUAAAACAAGAGCGAUGAGACAAAAGGAAGACGAAGAAAGGGAACGAAAAUAUCCAAAGACUUUGAUCAGAGUAAAAUUUCCUGAUAGUUAUCAAAUGCAAGUUGCUUUCUUGUCAAAAGAACCAGAUAAUGGUCCAUAUUUGUCUGAGGAAUAUCUAAUUAUGAGCGAAGAUCUUCCAAAACCUAUAAAUUUAGAAUCUGAUAAAAAUUCUUCACAUGAUAAUAAAAAAAGUCAUUCGGCUUUUAAAUGUGUGUAA